AUGGGAGGAGGAGGUGGCGGUGAUGGAGAAGGAAGGUUGCGCAUUUCGAGCUGCAGAGGUGUAGCUUUUGAAAUCAAGCCGCAUGCGGACCUCUUUGCCAUUCCGGACCGAGGCCGAUUGACUAACCAGUCUCGCAGCCGCAGAUCUUGGGCUCAAUGGAGGAGCAGCUUUGCUCGGAUCAUUCCAUCCUCCGACCUCAUUGAGAGGUCUCUCAGCCGCGAAAGCAGCCAUUUCUGCGAUCUAGACGAGGAUGAGGAUGAAGAUGAAGAUGUCGAAACCCUUGCCGACAUUGAAGAAAGCCACGAGGAAGGUAAAUCCGACCAAACUCCACCGCACCAUCUUCUUCCUCCGCCCUUCACCCGAUCCGAUCAUCAUCCCCCGCCUCAAUCCGCCGCCAAGAAGAAGCCUCCCUCGUCGCGCCUCUCCGUGAUCCUCCUCGACCAAGGCCUUUUCACCGUUUACAAGCGCCUCUUCGCACUCUGCUUGGCACUCAACAUCACCGCCUUAGUCCUCGCCGCCACCGGCAAAUUCCCCUACGCCGCAGCCCGCCCCGCCCUCUUCUCCAUCGCCAACAUCUUCGCCUUGGUCCUAUGCCGCAGCGAGGCCGUUCUACGCCUCGUUUUCUGGCUCGCGGUGGCCGCCCUAGGCCACCCGUGGAUCCCCCUCCGCCUCAAAACCAUGACCACCGCUCUCCUCCAAUCCCUCGGCGGAAUCCACAGCGGCUGCGGGAUUUCCUCCGCCGCCUGGCUCAUUUACGCAUUAGUCCUCACUCUCAAACACAGACACACCACCUCACCAGCGAUCAUCGCGGUCGCAUCCGUGAUCCUUGGCCUUUUAAGCCUCGCUUCCGCAGCGGCUUUCCCUCUCGUCCGACACCUCCACCACAACUUCUUCGAGCGGACCCACCGCUUCACGGGGUGGGCCGCUCUGGCCCUCCUCUGGGCCUAUGUCACCCUCACCGCUACAUACAAUCCCUCAAUUAAUAACUACAAAAUUCUAAAUUCAGAUUUGACCGCUUUUCCGGAAUUCUGGUUGACCACUGGCAUCACCGUCUUGAUCAUCCUCCCCUGGCUGACCGUGAGGCGGGUCCCGGUCCGCGUCACGUCCCCGUCCGGCCACGCCACGAUCAUCAGGUUCCAGGGCGGCGUGGAGGCGGGGAUCCUGGGGAGGAUCAGCCCAUCCCCGCUUUCAGAAUGGCAUGCAUUCGGGAUCAUUUCAGACAACAAGAAAGAGCACAUGAUGCUGGCGGGAGCGGUGGGCGACUUCACGAGGUCUCUCGUGUCGAGCCCUCCCCGGACCCUGUGGGUCCGGGGAGUGCGGUUCGCGGGCCUUCCGUAUUUAACGAACAUGUACGGGAGGGUGCUUUUAGUGGCGACCGGGUCGGGGAUUUGUGUGUUUUUGUCUUUCUUGCUGCAGCCGUGUAAGGCGGAGGUUUGCUUGCUGUGGGUGACGAAAGGGGUGGAGGAGAAUUUUGGGAGGGAGAUUAAGGAGUGGGUGAGCGGAAAGGAGAGGGUGAUUGUUCACGACACGGCGGUGCUGGGGCGGCCGAACGUGGCGGAGAUGAGCGUCGAGGCGGCGAAGAGGUUUGGGGCGGAGGUGGUGAUUGUGACGAGUAAUCCGGAGGGGAGUAGGGAUGUGGUUGAUGCAUGCAAGGCUAGUGGGAUUGCUGCUUUUGGCCCUAUUUGGGAUUCUUGAAUCUUUGUACCCAUAUCGAGUCAAAGUGAGACUAUGAAUCGCGGAAUUAGGAGGGAGUAUGAUUUUAUGUUGUAAUUAUAUCUAUAUAUGUUGCUCUAUUGUAUGGUUAUAUGAGGAUGUGCCGGUUGAAUCCUAGCUAAUCAACCAUUAUUAAUAUUGUC